GAGGCUCCCGGUGAUACAACCAAUCAAGUAGUGUGCUAUAGGUCGCCGUGAGCAACCUCACUCGCCGAAUCGUUGAAAUAUUUUGUCAAAAUGACGAAACAGGAGUUGGAUGUUCCAUACGAGCUCAAAUCAUUUCGUACACAACUUUUCAACGUUGAUAAGAACGAUGAUAACUUGAAGAAAACGCUGAACGCACUUCUUGACAAAUACAGAGGAGAUCAUUUUGAUACCUUCGCCGAAGAGUACCUCAUCGCUGGAUUUGAGGUGGGACUGCUGAACAAUGAUUUAAAAUCAAAACUCGAUCAAUUGCUAAUUGAUGGCGAUUUGCCGUCGAUUCGAGAUCAAGAUGUAACCCAUUGGGAUCGUGAUCGUCUAAUGUUCUGCUUGAUGUUCGACAACGAAGAUGUUUUUGCCAAAGGUUUAAAAUUGGUGGCUGAGAAAAGUCCCGACGAAAUUCCCAAUUUGAACAUCGAAUCGAUGGAUAACAAAAGUGGGGACAAUAGUUCGGAACCAUUGAAUACCUGGCGAAAUAUUUCACUCAUCAACAUAGCCGUAUUAAAGGAUUUACAUGUAGCCAUAAAGAAAUUGGGCUCCAUCAAUGCUGACUUCAAUUCAACGGCAAUUCAUUCUGUGUAUGAAUAUGGUCGUUGGGAGUGUUUACGAAAAUUGCUCGAGAAACGAAAGAAAAUGUCGUGGAGACCGGUGAAAUUGUCGAAUUUCAUAACAUUUCUAAUGCGAGCACAGACCUAUGACAAAGAUUGUCGUGAGUAUGUGGAUAAACAGAUUGAUUUUGGCAAAUGUGUCGAUUUGCUGUUCAAUUAUGCCGAGUACGAAAUCAACGAACAAAAUAUCGAUCAAUAUUCACCGUUACAAUUGGCUGUGAUGUACAAUAAGCCAAAAGCGAUUCUUCAUUUACUGAAACGAGGCGCAUACAUUGGAGUACAAGAUGCUGUCGGUCGGCCAGCCAUUUGGAAUAUUAAUCCAAAAAUAUUGGAAAAACACUUUGAUCAUUGUAUCACCGGUGAAAACUUGGUGAUUUUUAACUUUGAAAAUUUAAUCGCUCCGUCGAGUGACUAUCCAAAUGAUUUGUCAGCCAUUGAAUUCAUAUCAAACUCGAAUGAUUUCCGGCAUUUACUCGAGCAUCCAUUAAUUGCAAGCUUCUCGUCUCUUAAAUGGACUCGAAUGGCGUUAGUUUUUUACACAGACUUUUUGUUGUAUUUUCUGCUUUCGCUGGCCACGGGAUUUAUUUCGAUGUAUUACAUGCAAAACCCGAAGAAGUACUUGAUUCACAUGGGUUUUAUCACUGGUGUUUUCAUCACGUACAUCGCGUUCCGGAGAUUCGUCCAAGUUAUUUUCCGCACUUUGAACCGACGAAGUUGGGAGAACUACCUAAACUUCUUGCUCACCAUAUCAAAUGUGAUGCUUUUGGUUUUGUUUGUGAUUGGGGUUCAGUUCAAUUUUCAGAGUUCAACAUUAGCUGCUCUUUGCAUUGUACUAAUCACAUACGAAUUCUUUUUAUUGGCCGGAACUUUUUGGCAUUUUUCAAUCUAUUUCGAGAUGUUCAUCGCUGUGGCAACGAGUUCCAUUCAAAGUUUACAGUUGUAUGUCAUUUUUUUACCCGCAUUUUCACUACUUUUCUAUAUUUUGCUGUGUGACUCAUCAAAAACAGUUCCACCAGAGCAAGAAUUACCAGAUUUAAAUAAAUUCUCAACACUUGGGUCAUCCGUUGUCAAAACUGUUGUAAUGUCAACCGGCGAAUUUGAUGUUAUCAACGUUAAUUUUGACGUGAAUGCUAUUAGCAUCUAUAUUUUUAUUGGGUUUGUCUUUUUGAUUUCAACGGUUUUUAUGAAUUUGUUGAAUGGUCUUGCCGUCAGCGAUACACAGAAAAUUCAAUUUGAUGCCGAGCUAAGGAGCUACAAACGAAGAUGCAAAAUGCUGGCGAGGUAUGAAAAUGUGCUGUCAAAUAAAGGCCAUUGGUUUCGUCGAAGAUACCGAUUGUUGUGGAAAAUGUGCAAGAUUUUCAUUCAUUUGAACAAUUUUGUGUACGAGAACAAACGGAUUUAUAUCGAAUUGGACGAUCAGUGCAAGGUGUAUUCGGUGAAGAUGCUUCGGUCCAACUCGAUUUCCAUGAAAGUCCCUCUGAGGAGUUGGACCAGACUCAGGACAGCACCAAUUGACUCGAAAAUCAUUCAUCAAGCCCUUCAAGUUCGCGAGAAGAAUUUGGUGAAAACGAUCCGAGAACGAGAAGAAACCAAUGAAAUCGAAAAAGGAAACCUUACAAGUCGAAUGGUUCGCAUGGAGAAAUCACUGAAAUCAAUCGAAGCCACAUUGAAAAUACUCAGCGAUAAAAUGAAUCAGAAGUAAUUUUAAAUAGCUUAGUAAGGCAUGAAACACGCCAAUCCAAAGGAUCGUUAUCGAGUAACAACUUCAAUAAUUUAAAGACAACUUUCUAAGCAGGGACACUUCUUGGUUGAUAAUUGAUAUGCUUGAAAUUUUCAGGCGAUUUGAUAGUGAAGCUCACUUAGAGAAGUAAAAAUACUAGAAGAUAUCAAAUUGAAGUUAAUUAACAUGGUGAAUGAUAAGCUGAGCUCACGAGUAGGUAAUUUAUCACGAUUUUAAAUGAACUGAUAUCAGCUUAUAAUCGUGAAAUGAAAAGAAAUUAUACAUGUGUGAAUCAAACAGAAGAAUACAAGAUUUCGAUUAUUGGAAAAAAGCAGAGCCGUAGCAACACUGUUGCGUGGAGGGCAAUUUUUUUUUCUAAAUAUAAUUUAAUUUUUUACACUAAUCCAAUAAUUAUAAUUGUUUCAUAUGAGGGGUUAGACAGUGUGUGUAUUGUGUAAAGAUGCCACAUGGCUCACUUAAACGCUCAGUUCAUGUAGAGACGUUCACCAUUCAGACUUAUGUCAUGCUUCGCUUGCGUCGUUUCAGCUAGCUGAAUUAUCCGUCUCAGUUAUCUUACGAUGCCUAACAGAAGCAACGGGUGUCGUUUUAUUCCAUAUGUGCGGUAAAUUGGAAUGGCUCAAAAAUUGAACCUCAAAUUACGAGGAAACCAAACUGGUACACAUCGUAUUCGACUUUGGGACACUGUAGGACACCUAAAGUACAACAGAUAUAAACAUAUCUCAACCCUGAAAUCUGAAGUCGGCGGCAGUUUGGGUAUACAUCCCUAAAAUGAUGAUUUGUACAAAAAACGCUAAUUUUACUAUAAAUUGGUAAAGAAAUGAGCAUAUUUUUGUUCAUUUCGCUAAAAUAUGAAAUAAUUCUACGAUUAAAACCGACAAAAACAUAUUUGAAGUCAAAAAUGUCAUUUUCUUCAUACAAUAUUGCGAGUUGAAAACAUCACCCGGAGCAAGACCAUUUUUCGACAUUUCAAACCAAUCAGACGUACUACCUGAUAUUACUGCAGACGUACUGCCUGACUAUUUGGACAAGGACACAAUUCUUUUAAGAUUCAAUGCUUUGGAAAAUCGUAAAGUAGCGAGCAGUUUUGAGUGAUUGAAAAACAAAAUAAAUAAACUGUGAAUGCAGUCAAAACUA